CAACUGCCAUCAAGCCGCAUGCGCGUCCAUGCGCCGGGGCUGCGCGUCACCGUCCCUGCGGAACCCAGGAGGCUGUUCUCGGACUCCGAAAGCUAGACUCCUAUCCAGAAAAUAAUGAACAACAAAUUUGAUGCGCUGAAAGACGAUGACAGUGGAGAUCACGAGCAGGAUCAAGGCUCACCGAAAGACAGUGAAAAGGAAAAACUCGAAGAAGACGACAAGGAACAGAACAUUAUAAAGAGAAAAAUGGUGGUUCCAGGGCCAGGAGAGCAUCCCCUUCAGUACAACUACACGUUCUGGUACUCGAGGCGUACUCCCGGGAGGCCGGCCAGCACGCAGAGCUACGAGCAGAACAUCAAACAGAUCGGCAGCUUCGCUUCGGUGGAGCAGUUUUGGCGUUUUUAUAGCCACAUGAUCCGGCCUGGUGAUCUAACAGGUCAUAGCGACUUCCACCUGUUUAAGGAAGGCAUCAAGCCUAUGUGGGAGGAUGAUGCCAAUAAGAUGGGUGGGAAGUGGAUCAUCCGCUUAAGGAAAGGCCUGGCGUCUCGAUGCUGGGAGAACCUGAUCCUGGCCAUGCUGGGGGAGCAGUUCAUGGUAGGAGAGGAGAUCUGCGGGGCGGUCGUGUCCGUGCGCUUCCAGGAGGACAUUAUAUCCAUCUGGAACAAAACGGCGAGCGACCAAGCGACGACGGCUCGCAUCAGAGACACGUUGCGCCGAGUCCUCAACCUGCCGCCCAACACCAUCAUGGAGUACAAGACUCACACAGACAGCAUUAAGUAUAGCCUGGGAAGACUUCCAUGGUCUGGUGAAUGCUAGCGGCGGACGUUAGCCCCUCACACGAAGAUGCUCUGUGAAGAGUUUGUGUGUAUAUGUGGCGUGUUGAGGGGUGGACGAGUCCGGGGCUGGAUACCUCUGCGUGGAUCGGCACCGUGCAACAUGAGGACCGAGGAAAUAUCCGCAGGAUCAGAGGGCCUGAAGACCAUUCCCUAUUUUUGUCCAAUUUGAUGUUUGAGUGGAAAGACAUGUCGGCGACCGGUUAAAGCGAACCGAAGAGAGAGAAGCGACCGGUCAGCCGGAGGAAAAACAAAGCCUUCAUUAUUCUUGUGGGCAAGUUUUAACACGUUAACCUGCCAACAGAGAGGGUUGCUGUGUGACUGUUGGGUAUGUCUUAUCUGGCUGUUUGCUGUUGACAAAGUGUACUUGACAAAAAAAAUACAACAAACCCUGUUUUAUAUAAAAAACAAAACAACGAAUGUCAUUUAUUGUUAAACGGAUUUCACCCGAGCUGAUGACACCAGCCUGUGCUGAGCAGUUUUAGCAGGAGCAGCAGGUGGACGACGUUUCAUUACAGCGAUGCCGUUGAAAUGCCAUUCCUCAGUCAUUCUAAACACGUUUCUGUGCACAAUGUGUUUGUAUGUACACCAUGGGUCUGCAUCAUUUUACUAUCCGUGUUUACUCUGAACAGAGGCGGACCGUCCUGUGCCGAGCAGGAGGUCGUAUGAGAGCGGUCUUUAAAGUUCACCACCAGCUGCUUUAGUCACAGGGGCCGGCCUCAGGCUCAGGGCUGCACCGGGCGUCUCCCAGACCAGUCCACGGUCAAUACGGUCUUCAGAUGGUUCAUAGAAAGGACUUUGCUUAAAAGUCGACAGUAAAAGUGUAACGGCACCCUGAAACCGACAUUCAUCACAGUUCAAAAUUCAUGAAGCUUUGGCCAGGAUCAGGGUUUUUGUGUAAUUUCACACUGUGCACAGUUUUUUUUUUUUUUUUUUUUUUUUUUUUACAUCUAAAGUUUGUGAGGAAGUCUUAAUUUUUGCCCAAACCGUUGGUGCAAAUGCUGGAAUGGAAACACUGCUGGGGAUGUGCACCUGAUGGAUUCUAGCAAUAAAAGUUAAACAUGCAUCUGCUGCUAAAGCUGGCUCAGAUUCUCUCAUUAAUGAAAAGAAGCCACAGAGCUGAAGGAACCAAACCGCUGCUGCAGUUUUAUUUCUUGCCUUUUUUCCAUCGGUGCCGUGCCAAGAUAGCUUUUGACUCGUAUGUAUGCAAUCUCUUUUUUUUUUUUUUUUUUCCUUCUUCUGGUCUCUUGUUUGGUUUUCAGCUCAUCUCAAAGAACAUGUGAUUCUGAAAGGAGAGCAGCGGGUUAGGUAACGACAACAUGAAGGUGAUGUUUAUUAGCAAGGCUGCAUUAGACAGGCUGGUGUUUAGUAUCUGAUGCUUUAGCCUUGAGUGCAAAUAUUAAGGUAUUUGCACAGCUUUUAAACAAAAAUGUAUAUGACCUAAAUGCUUUCAUUUAAAACAUAAAAACUGUUAUUCCUGCAAAAAUACAUUAUAGAAAUAUCAUUUAUUUUGAUACAUAGACUUGAGCAAAAACCUGUAAUAAAGUGCUCAUUGUGCAGAA